AUGAAGCUUUGUGUGUUUUUGGCGUUCAUUUUAACACUGCUGUCAGCAGUGUGUGGCUUAAAAUGUUUCACCUGCUGGAGUGCAAACCCCGGCACCUGCACUCAGAUAUGGAACUGUCCUACACAUUACGACCGCUGUGCCACCACCAUUGGUGCCGAAAAUAUGAUCACCAAAGAAUGCAUGAGAAGUGAUGUUUGCAAUAACGUGUAUUCUGUGGGUGUCAGAUGCUGUGCUGAAGACUUGUGUAAUGGAGCAAAACACGCUGGAGUCUUUGUCCCUCUACUUCUAGCACCCUUGGCCAUCAUUACACUCUUCAUUUGA